AUCGACUACAAAAAAUCUUUUCCGUUUCCUCCAACAGCCAAAGUCUCCUUCACCUCGAUAUGAAGGACGACCCAACCCGAACGAGUAUCGACCUUUUAUGAGCAUCUCAAUGGUCAACUGUACUUCAGUACGCAGCUCGUUCAUGGUUCUCCUCCAUGCUCUGCCUUCACGCGAUGCGACUGCUUCCCCUCGGAUUCUUACUCACCACAAUAUGCACACAGAACCCGCAUUGCUCGGUAAGCUCUUGAUCUCAUUUUUUCUACACACACUAGACCCUUUUGCGGGUUGCUACGUUGAUGAUCAACUCUUCCAUUAAGAACGGCCAACAGAAAAUACUAUGUUGAUUCAAAUAUAUCAAGCUCAACAGUCUGAAUGUAGCUUUGAAGCAAAACUUUAUCAAACGUUUGUUAGCAUGAGAGCACUAGCUAACAUGGACACAAUUAGAUUUUUGCACCUUGACAUUGGUCAGCAAAUCUGCUAGAUUAAGAAGGACGUGUAACCUAUUCAUCUCUGUAGAAUCAAUGAUUAAUAACUCAGAAACUCGCUUCUCAUCUGCAUGUGCCUGCUGUGCUGCUAAAUAGUGAUGUGUUUCCCAGUUCGUCACCCGAGAUACUGGACAAGCAAAAUGGCGUGACACGUCAAGGGCGCGGAAGAGGUUCCGACGUCUGAAACGACUGUUCGU